AUGCACUUUGAAGAACUUGUGAGAGAAGGUCACUGCACAGAAUUCAUCGCAAAGCAGGUCAUCCAGCAUAUUGAAAAUAGAGACACCGCCAAGGAACCGCCCCAGAAGGUCAUAAGGAUUAACACAAUCCUAGCUCACACCAAGGAGUCAGGACUGGCCAGCAAGGAAAAGAAGAGGAAGAUCAAACAUGCCACCAUGAUCUCCCAAAUCUCGACUGACCUUCCACUAGCAGAAGACGAUCCUGCCAUGGUCGACCGAAUCCAUGCAGACGAGGGCAGCGCAGCCAAUAUCCUACAACUGGUAGUCAUCCAGCAGAUGGGCUUGGAGACAAAGAUUAAAAAAUCAGCAAGAUUGCUGACCGGCUUUAAUGAUGCAACAACGGUUACCGUGGGCACGAUAGACCUCGACGUCUACUCCCCGCUUGUAGUCAGCCUGCAAACAUUCAUGGUCAUUGAUGAAGUCUCACCCUACAACCACAUUCUGGGCAGACCAUGGAUUGUCAAGAUUAACGCCAUCACCUCCGCCACACAUCAGAAAAUUCGAUACCCAAUUCCUAGAGGCGGUAUCGGCCAAAUCAACAGCGAUCAAGUAAUGGCGAGGAAAUGCUCCGUCCAAGGGUUGAAGAAAAGCAAAUAA